UUCCGAUAAAACAUAGGAAGGCAAGAAUCAUGUAUUAGCCAUGGCUGUUGUUAUGUUUUAACGGUAAAUGAUUAGAAAUCAAUGAACUUUUAAUAGUAAUUAUAAGCCAUUUAUUACCAAUCAGCAGUGUCCAUUUAGAAGUUCAACAAAGAUGUGGUUUGCGAUAGUUUUGCUAGCGAUUUUUUCAAGUUCUAUCAUCAGGGGUAAUCCUACAAGUACAAGGGAAGAUGCUCUGUUCGAAUUAUCUGUGAUUCAUGUGAAUGAUUUCCAUGCAAGAUUUGAAGAAAUCAGUAGCGCCGCAGGAACCUGCAUGAACCCCACAGCCUGCAUAGGAGGCUUUUCUAGGCUGUACCAACAAAUACAAACUUUACUGGCUCAACGACCUGACUCGGUACUUCUCAAUGGAGGCGAUAACUUCCAAGGAACCUUAUACUAUACUUUAGGAAAAUGGAAUAUUACUCAGGAGUUUAUGAAUAAAUUACCUUUUGAUGCUACAGUUCUAGGAAAUCAUGAAUUUGAUGAUGGCGUUGCCGGGGUGGUACCGUUUAUCAAAAGUUUAACCACUCCAGUGGUUUGUUCUAACAUCAAUGAUGCUGAAGAACCAGAUAUUCAAGGAACCUACACCAAAAGUGUUGUAAUUGAAAGAAAUGGCAAAAAAAUUGGUAUUAUAGGUGUUAUUUAUAGUUUAACAAAUACUAUUGCGAAAACAGGAAGUUUGGUAUUCUAUCCAGAAUCAGCCAGUGUCAAUGCUGAAGCUGAACGUUUAGUCAAAGAAGAAGGUGUAUUUACAAAUAUCGUUUUAUCUCAUGUGGGUUACGAUAUCGAUCAGCAAAUUGCUGCAAACGCUAGUGAAAAAAUUGGUCUUAUCGUAGGAGCCCAUUCGCACACUUUCCUGUAUACCGGAGACAAUCCACCAGGUCCAGACACUCCUGCUGGACCGUAUCCGACAAUAGUCCAAAGCAAACAUGGUAAAAAUGUGCUUGUUGUUCAAGCCUCGGCUUAUACCAAAUAUCUGGGGAAUAUCAAAGUUAGUUACGAUAGUAAAGGAGAAGUUUCUGGUUAUGAUGGUUCGCCAAUUUACUUGGAAAACAGUCUACCUAAAGAUGUUGAAAUCAACAAAGCCCUAGAACCAUGGAAUGCCCUCGUUGCAGCCGAAGGUUCAGUGGUUCUUGGUUCCACAUUGGUCAAACUAUCGAUCGAUGGUUGCUUUUACAAAGAAUGUACCUUGGGUAAUUUCGUAACUGAUGCUUUUGUUUUCGCUUACACUCAACAAGCACCCAACGGUUCCUGGACUAGAGCACCAAUCGCUAUCGUAAACGCAGGCGGUUUACGUACUGAUAUUGAAAUUGGCAAUAUCACCUAUAGUGAUAUGAUUGUAGCUCAACCAUUUGCCAACACUGUAGAUUAUGGAGAGUUGAAGGGUGUUUACCUCAAAGCAGUUCUUGAACAAGCUGCUGGAGGUUACAAUUAUCAAAGGCUCUCAUCCGAGCUGAAAUUGUUACAAGUUUCUGGCAUCCACGUUGUCUACAACAUAUCAAGACCUAUAGGUGACCGUGUAGUAGAUGUUAAAGUGCGUUGUCAAAGAUGUGAAAUCCCUGUCUAUGAGGAUUUAGAUUUGGAUGCUGUUUAUAGUAUGGCAAUUCCUUCAUUCUUAGUGGGAGGUGGUGAUGACUUUAAAGCUCUAUCAAAAAAUUUACAAAACGUAGUAAUUGGGCAAACAGACACUGAUAUUUUUAGAGAGUAUCUCAAGCACAAAUCGCCGAUUUUUGAAGAGGAAGAAGGCAGGAUUACAGUGAUUAGUGAUAGGGAAAUGGAGACCAGAGGAUUUCAUUAAAAUGAUUUAAUUCACAAUAUAUUUAUUUUUGAUUUAACUAUUUACAUUAUCAAAUAAGUGUGGAAAUCCAGAAAUGGCAUAUCUGUGAAAAUUAUAAAUAAAUAGUGAUCAUGAAAUAAGUAUGUUU